UGCUUUAGUCUGGCCUGUGGGUCCGCUUCUCUUCCUGGCGUUUGGUGGUCAGAGCCAAACCGACUUUGGUCUGAAACAUAAAAUAAUGACUCGACCUCUACCAAAACCGUGGGAAAGGCGAAUCCCUGGAACAUUUACUGCACCAUUAAACUAUCGCUCUGUUGACUUUGGAUCAGCAGCACAGAGUGGGCCAUCCGUGUCUGGUCCUCCGGUUCUAACACGCGUGACACCACCCAUCCCUCCAAGACCCGUCCAACAGGGAUACCGUCCUGCCUACAGCUCUUUUCCUUCCUCAUACAGUCCUUAUGGGAGUUCCAUCUAUGGGGCCUACAGUCCUUACAGCUACAGUGGUUAUGGAGCUGGAGGCGGCCUUGGUUAUAACCGUUACCAAACAGACGAUGUUCCACCCAGCCGGUUUGUCCAGCAGGCAGAGGAGAGCAGCAGGGGAGCGUUUCAGUCCAUUGAGAGCAUUGUUCAUGCCUUCUCAUCAGUCAGCAUGAUGAUGGACGCUACUUUCUCUGCUGUCUAUAACAGCUUCCGUGCGGUGCUAGAUGUGGCCAAUCACUUCUCUCGUCUGCGUAUCCAUUUCACAAAAGUUCUGUCUGCAUUUGCCCUGGUUAGGACCCUUCGAUACCUUUAUUGCAGACUACAGAGGCUGCUGGGAUUGCGUCAAGAUUUGGAUGCUGAUGACCUGUGGGCCGACAGUGAGGCCGUGUUGUCGGCUUCAGGAACCAGGGGUGCAGGGAUAGAGGACCCCAGAGCGAAUUCUGUCAAAUCGUGGCCCAUUUUCUUGUUUUUUGCUGUAGUUCUUGGAGGGCCGUAUUUGAUCUGGAGGCUUUUGAGAUCUACUGAGGGUCCUGAGGACAAUGCCACUAACUGGGCGAGUGGGGAAGAUGAUCAUGUGGUUGCACGAGCCGAGUAUGACUUCACAGCUGCGUCUGAAGAGGAGAUCUCACUACAGGCUGGAGACAUGCUUAAUCUGGCCCCUAAAGAACUACAGCCCAGGGUCCGUGGCUGGCUUUUGGCCAGCGUAGACGGUGAGACCACUGGUCUUGUUCCUGCCAACUAUGUCAAAGUGUUGGGCCGGAGAAGAGGUAGAAAGCAUGCAGAAUUAGAGAGGCUGGCACAGGCCCAGCAAGCUGCUCAGAACUUUCCAGAACCCCAAAUUGGCCUGGCUACAGACUCUGCUCUAGCUCCCAGCUCCAGGCUGCCUGACCCAAGCACUUCAGACCAAGAUGAGCUACUGGAGUCUAUGUAUGGGGAAACACUAGGCCCUCACACUGUCCUGGAGGUGCAACCUUCCAUAAACAACAUCAGUAAUACUGUAGUGAUAACUUCAGAAAAGAUAGACUUAUGAGCCUGUAUGUGUGGGAAGGCAUGUGUGCGUAUGUAUGUGUUGGCUUGAGCUCAGUAGGAGAAAAACACCCUCUAUAAAACUUGGUCUGGCAACUGAAAGAAGAAGAGGAGAUAAUCAAAAGUGAAGGACUUGAAGGGGUAGGUGAAGAGUAAGCUCCCUGAUAAUCAGUGGAAUAUAUAGUUUGAACACCAUAGCUGAGCAGUGAAUAAAGCAGUUUCAGUAAACUGCUAGGCUUACAGCCUUUACUAAUAUUUGUUAGUAAUAAUUUUAGAUUCUUCUUCCAACAAAAGAUGUAUUUCAACAUUAUAGAUUGUCAGUUUGUGUUAAUACCGACCUUUUACAUAAUAAUGAAUAAAUUUGAAUAACUUGGGAAAAUGGAUUUAGUUCAUCUGAAUAAUUUCACAUCAAACUUAAAGGUAAAAGGUUACAUAUAUGUUGUCCUUCAUGUAUGAACAGUUAAUGCAUUUGAUAAGGUUAAAUGGGAAAAUCUCAGUAAACAUGCAGUCUCAUCAAUUUAAAUUUGUAAGGCAACAUUUAUUACAAAUACCAUUAACGGAAAACAUUUCACUAUAAGAGAAUACUCCCGCCUAUCCUAAUGUAAUAGUUUUAGGUUGUUUUCCUCUAAUGUUGUGAAUAUUUAAUGUGCUCAUUAUAAUUUAUGUCAUGGUUUGGUUUGUGUAUUUUUUCUGUGUUAAAGCUUGUUUGAUCUCCCUUACAAUUAAGACAAUGUGCAAUUAUGAAAAUAUAAGCAAUUAUUUUGUCAGUAAAACUUAAAGAACUUUGUGUUUU